UGCGGGGCAGCUAGUGAUAACAGGUGUGGAAUAUAAAACAGAUGAUUAAAUUAACACAAGAACAUAUAGAGGCACUCCUGGAUAAGUUUGGCGGAGAGCAUAAUCCACCAUCAAUAUACUUGGAGGCCUAUGAAGAGUAUACCAGCAAGCUAGAUGCUCUACAGCAGAGAGAACAGCAGUUAUUAGAAUCCAUGGGGAAUGGAACCGAUUUCUCUGUCUCCAGCUCUGCUUCAACAGACACAGUUACAUCCUCCUCCUCCUCUAGCCUCUCUGUAGCACCUUCAUCCCUUUCAGUUUAUCAGAACCCCACAGAUGUGUCACGGAAUAACCCCAAGUCUCCACAAAAACCUAUUGUUAGAGUCUUCCUACCCAACAAACAGAGGACAGUGGUUCCAGCAAGAUGUGGGGUGACAGUCCGGGACAGUCUAAAGAAAGCUCUGAUGAUGAGGGGUCUUAUCCCAGAGUGCUGUGCUGUUUACAGAAUACAAGAUGGAGAGAAGAAGCCCAUUGGCUGGGACACUGACAUUUCCUGGCUCACAGGAGAGGAGUUGCACGUGGAAGUCUUGGAGAAUGUGCCGCUUACCACACACAAUUUUGUACGAAAGACGUUUUUCACGUUAGCAUUCUGUGACUUUUGUCGAAAGCUGCUUUUCCAGGGAUUCCGAUGCCAGACUUGUGGCUAUAAAUUUCACCAGCGCUGUAGUACAGAGGUGCCACUGAUGUGUGUUAACUAUGACCAGCUUGAUUUGCUGUUUGUCUCCAAGUUCUUUGAACACCACCCAAUACCACAGGAGGAGACCUCCUUAGGAGAGACCACCCAAGCAUCUGGAUCAUACCAUUCAGUGGCCUCCUCAGAUUCUACUGGACCACCAAUUCUCCCUAGUCCUUCUCCUUCAAAAUCCAUUCCAAUCCCACAGCCCUUCCGACCAGCAGAUGAAGAUCAUCGGAAUCAGUUUGGGCAACGAGACCGAUCGUCUUCAGCACCCAAUGUGCACAUCAAUACAAUAGAGCCUGUCAAUAUUGAUGACUUGAUUAGAGACCAGGGGUUACGAGGAGAAGGAGCCCCAUUGAACCAGCUGAUGCGCUGCCUUCGGAAAUACCAAUCCCGGACUCCCAGUCCCCUCCUACAUUCUGUCCCCAGUGAAAUAGUGUUUGAUUUUGAGCCUGGCCCAGUAUUCAGAGGUUCAACCACUGGUUUGUCUGCCACUCCGCCUGCUUCCUUGCCUGGGUCCCUUACCAAUGUGAAAGCUUUACAGAAGUCCCCUGGACCACAGCGAGAGAGGAAAUCAUCCUCAUCCUCUGAAGAUAGGAAUAGAAUGAAAACCCUUGGUCGACGGGACUCAAGUGAUGAUUGGGAGAUACCAGAUGGGCAGAUUACAGUUGGACAAAGGAUAGGAUCUGGAUCAUUUGGAACAGUCUACAAGGGAAAGUGGCAUGGUGAUGUAGCAGUGAAAAUGUUGAAUGUUACAGCACCAACGCCUCAGCAGUUACAGGCCUUCAAAAAUGAAGUAGGAGUGCUCAGGAAAACACGACAUGUGAAUAUUCUACUUUUCAUGGGUUAUUCAACAAAGCCACAGUUGGCUAUUGUUACACAGUGGUGUGAGGGCUCCAGUUUGUAUCACCAUUUGCAUAUCAUUGAGACCAAAUUUGAAAUGAUCAAACUCAUUGAUAUUGCACGGCAGACUGCACAAGGCAUGGAUUACUUGCACGCCAAGUCAAUCAUCCACAGAGACCUCAAGAGUAAUAAUAUAUUUCUUCAUGAAGACCUUACUGUAAAAAUAGGUGAUUUUGGUCUUGCUACAGUGAAAUCACGAUGGAGUGGGUCCCAUCAGUUUGAACAAUUGUCCGGGUCCAUUCUAUGGAUGGCACCAGAAGUAAUCAGGAUGCAAGAUAAAAACCCUUAUAGUUUUCAAUCAGAUGUAUAUGCAUUUGGGAUUGUUCUUUAUGAGCUGAUGACUGGGCAGUUACCAUACUCAAACAUCAACAACAGAGACCAGAUCAUUUUUAUGGUGGGACGAGGAUACCUAUCUCCAGAUCUCAGUAAAGUGCGAAGUAACUGUCCAAAAGCCAUGAAGAGGCUAAUGGCAGAGUGCUUGAAGAAGAAGAGAGAUGAGAGACCCCUCUUUCCACAGAUCCUUGCCUCCAUUGAGCUUCUGGCUCGGUCAUUGCCAAAAAUUCACCGCAGUGCAUCUGAGCCCUCAUUAAACCGGGCUGGCUUCCAGACGGAGGAUUUUAGUCUGUAUGCGUGUGCUUCUCCAAAAACACCCAUCCAGGCAGGGGGAUACGGGAUGAUUAUUCAGCAAAAAGCUUCCAUGGUACAGUGAUUUAGUUUACAAAAGAAUCUUAAAAGCAUGAGCUUGUAACUUUUGAGAUUUUUAU